GGCAUUGGUCGCUAUCCGCUCUAGUCCCGCCCUUCCUCUCCUUCCAUCCAGGAGGGAUUUGGGAGGGAAAGGGUGCUUCUGAGCAUGUGCAGAGGGCCCAGCAUUGCAGGGAUGACCCUUGGCUGCUUGAAAUCGCCAGCCCUUUUUGUAAAGGAAACCACAUAGGGUUGCAUGGAUGAGCCUCGGAAAAAGAAGCUGACCAACUACACAAUUGGUCUCCUCUUUCUGUGCGGAGGGAUCGAAUAUGCGGUGAUCUUGCCAACCAUUUGGGCCUACUUGCAAUCCCUGAAUGCUGAGCCGUACUUUUUGGGUCUGGGCAUCUCUGCCUUUAGCUUUGCUGGGCUGAUCACAGGGCCGCUCUUCGGAUACUGGUCUGACCGUACCCGCCAAACCAAGGCCAUCAUCCUCUUUGCCAACCUGUUUCAGAUAGCUGGGAAUUUUAUGUACUUUGUUGGCGGGUCCAAAUGGAUGCUUCUCAGCAGUCGACUUGUAGCAGGUGUGGGGACUGGAGUGGGAGCGUCCAUCUUCGGCUACCUCACUCGAUCCACCACUUCUCAGGAGCGUGCCACCGUAUUUGCCGCUGUCAUGGCUUGCCGGCAGGUUGGGCUACUCAUUGGGCCAGCCUGCAAUCUCUUUCUACGGCUCUGUAACUUCCGGAUUGGGCCCUUCACGGUCAACAAGUUCACUUCACCUGGGCUCUUCAUGUGCCUGGUGUGGCUCCUGCUCCAAAUCCUUGUGGUGACCAUGUACUACGAUCUCCAACCAUCACGUUCGGGCAGUUCUCCCAGGACUGUACCCACAGCAGCACGGGACGCUCUAGAAGAGGAAGAGCAGGAGCCCCUCAUGAAGCAUGAAACUGUUCAAGAGGAAGCAGCAGAGACGGGAAGCUAUGGUAGCACUGUUGUGGAGCACCGGGAACCAUCCCUGGGGGAUGAGUGUCGGUACGUGCCCAACGGACACUUGGCGGAUGAGGAGGAGAAGAGCCCCUUCCAUGACUUCAGCUCCAUGAGAGAAUACCUGAGGGAAGAGGUGGUGGUCCUCCUCACUGCCCAGUUUAUCACGCUCUUCAAUCAAACUGCACUUGAGACCAUGGUAACCCCGAUCACACAGAAGUACCUGAAUUUUGGGGAACUGGAGAACAGCAUCAUGUAUUUCCUGUGUGGGGUGGAGGUCAUUGGUGGCUUCUUCCUGGUGCGCUGCCUUAGCACCCGCCUGACGGACCGCGCCAUUUUGGUUCUCGGUCUCAUCAUCUGCAACAUCGCCUGCGUCUGGUGCCUGCUCUUCCUGGCGUGGCCCCGAGGUUCCUUUGCUGUCCUCCUGACGGAGCUGGUGAUUGGUGUGUUCCUACAGGUUCUAGGCUUACCUUUUGUUGCAGUCUCCCAGGUGUCACUCUUUUCGAAGGUCACGGCUGAGAGGACGCAAGGGUUCAGCCAAGGCCUCCGUCGUUCUGUUGGGGGAAUUGCAACCAUUCUGGGACCUUUAUGGGCUGGAGGAUUGACGGAUAACCUCUACAUCAUGUUGGGAGUAAUGAUGGGGCUGCUGAGCUUGCUAAUGAACCACCCACUGGACACCUGUCACCACGAGCAUCUCGAGAAGAAUGCAGCUCAUGAAGAGUCUGGUUGGUUGGAGGUGCCUUCGGAAGAACGUGAAAUGUGCACUCACCCAGGUGUCAAUCUGACUAGUGCUGUGGACCCUUCCCGGCUGGAUCCUGGUGCCACGUUGCUCAUCUCCUGGUGGGAUGGGAGGCAGGCAAGAGAUUCAGCAAAAGAAGAGCCAGACCCAACCAGGCAGCUGGUUCUGACUUCCACACUCCACCUGGCCAGAUAUGCUUUGUUCUUGCCACUUCCCUGGUUCAGCGCUGCCCUCUAAGAGUAGGGUCUGCUGUUUCAUACCCUCCACAGCGUCACUCAUUGUCUUGCCCCUAUGGGGCCCACCGAGCUGCUGUUUGUGGACUCUGGAAAGGGACCUAGAUUGGAGGUUGCUUGACCAGCCUCACACCUGUGAAUUGCUCUCUGCCUCAGCUGUAGGUCAAUGAGGCCCAUGAAUGCUACUCUGCUCCACCCUUCCUCAAACCAGUUGCCCUUUUAAUGGCCAUGCUAGCUGAAGCUGACAGCCCAACCUGCCUUGGGGUAAGCCACUCACCCCUUUCCUGAGCCUGUAAGAGGGUUUGUGUCCUCCUUACAUCCUCCCCAGUAUGGGUGAGAAUGAUAUAGUCCUGCAGAUGUUGGAUGCAGCUCCCAGCAUUCCUUAUCUUGGGCAAUGCAGAGUAAGACGUGUUAGUACUUGCUGUCCAGUAGCAUCAGAAGGCCCACAUGAUUUCUAUCCGACCCUUAAACCUAUCCUCAAUCUCCUGUACUUCUUGUUGUGACCCAAGUGGGCAUCUUGGGGCUCCAGUGUCAAUGGAGCAGUAAACUACUCUGGAUUUUAGUCUAAAGGGGUAACAAACCCUAUCCCCAGAAUAGCUUCACCACCUUGGGUAGUCCCUUUGGAGUUCUGACUGAAACUCAGAGUGGAGUCACCAAUCCACUGGCAUGGCCAUUUAACCAUCGUGAGUUAUAUUGACAACCCCAAUGUCAUAGGGAAAAAUGGUUGGUAGUUGACCUCAGGUAUAAGGGAUAGCCUUAGAAUAGUGAUUUCCAAACUAGGCCUUCCAGAUGCUUUGGUCUUCAACUCCAGGAAGCCUCAGGUGCCUGGGGCAAUGAUCAGGGAUUCUGGGAGAUGAAGUCCAAAACAUCUAGAAGAGCAGAACUUGGGAAACUAUGUCAUGACUGUUUGCUUCAGAUGGAUUCAUUGAGAUUGGUCCUGGUUUAAAUAUUUCCUGGCAAUUGUACAAAUAACCAAAUUAACUCCAGUGUGGUUCUGGGUCAUAAAAGCAACCAAUCUGAUGCCUCAUCUAAGCACCAAAUGCUCAGUGGGAUGCUCACUAGGAACAAGGAAGCUGUGCCGCUGCCUGUUUCCAUAGGUUGCAGUCAGGAAUCACCUUGUUUUCCAUAUCUUUAAGCCCGGAAUCCAACUCCCAGCAGAAUUCAUCAUUGACUAUACUGGCCAAGCCUGCUGGGAACUAGUCAUGGUUCAUAAUUUGCUUUAGUAUAAUCUUCCGCAAUCUGAUGUUCUCUAGUUGUGUUGGGCUUGGCCACCUGGGGGAGUCUGGAAGUUCCAGUCCCAACACAGCUAGAAGCCACCAGUUGGGGAAGGCUGCUUUGAGCCAUCUUUUUCUCCGAAAGGUCGCUACAUAAAUUGCUCUCUGGCUCUCCUGUGGGUUUUGUGACUGAGAUGGUUAGAGUAGGCUGAUGGGUAGGAAUUGGCUUGAAGAAUUAACCUUUCCAAACCCAUUCAUUGUUCUUACAGCAAGCUAUCUCCAUUCUCAGAGAUUUUGGAAGCGUCUCACCACCAUUUGAGGAACCUGUGCAUGCAAACACAAUCUUUCACUAUUGAAGGUGACCACGUCCUCAUACUCAACUGAGGCUUCCACGUACAUCUAUAGACACAAGUUGUUGCCAUCAGAGCCAUAACUUCUUCAAACUCAUCACAGUAGCCAACCCUAAAAUGGGUUAAGAUGUGGGAUCCUCCCAUACAUACCUCCCAUACAUACCUCCCAAUUUGGCAGGGAUACUUCUAUAGGGGAAGGAUUAAAUGACCUUCCAGGUCUUCUUGGACUGUACCUCUCAACAGCUCUAGCCGACAUAGGGAGGAAUGCUGGGAGAUGCAGUCCAUUGACAUUUGGAGAGCCACACUAUUCCUUCUCUGGAUGAGUGGAAAGAGAGAUGAGCUACUUAGACACCUCUUGAUAUGACAACAGUGGCACAUAGAGGAUAUGUUCCAUGCAUUACCAUUGUGCCACAUGGUUCUGUUUACACACAUGAUGCCAGUUGUAUAUAGGCAGACUCUUUGUGGAUUAGGCUGUGUUUGCUGCUAACAUCAUUGUCUAAAGCAGGCCUUUAAAAUGGCUCGACUUCAUAUUCAUCAAGUGGAUAAAAAUGACUUGAGUCACAAGACAGAAACGGGGUUGUAUGGCACCAUGCAGUGUAAAACACCAAUUGGAAGAAGCCCACCGUAUUUGAAGAUGUCAGCUCAUGAUUUUAUCAAUCAUUUCUCCCAUCCCAUUUCUUGAAUUUCUGUUUUUUAAAUUAUUACUUUUAGUUUUCACUGUUGGGGGUAGUGGCAAUGGUGCAUUUUUCCAACGGGCUUGGUGUAUGUAAAUAUGACAGAAAAAAAUAAACCCACACCCCACAAAA